UACGUGCUGCUGUCUGCGCUGAGCUGCACACAUCAACAAGGAGAUAAACCAUUUCUCUCCAUAGCUGUUUGUUUCUAUAAAUACCUCCACUGCUCGCUACUACCUACCAGAAUGAAUGUGGGUGUGGCACACAGUGAGGUGAACCCAAACACUCGGGUCAUGAACAGCCGGGGGAUCUGGCUGACCUAUGCGCUGGGUGUUGGAAUACUUCACAUCGUGCUCUUGAGCAUCCCCUUCUUCAGUGUGCCGGUGGUGUGGACUCUAACUAAUGUCAUACACAACUUUGGGAUGUAUGUCUUUAUGCAUGCAGUGAAGGGAACACCCUUUGAGACCCCUGACCAGGGGAAAGCCAGACUUCUUACACACUGGGAACAGCUCGACUACGGCGUGCAGUUCACCUCAUCUAGAAAGUUCUUCACCAUCUCCCCAAUCAUUCUAUACUUCCUGGCAAGUUUCUACACAAAGUACGACACCACACACUUCGUCAUAAACACUGCCUCACUUUUAAGCGUCCUGAUCCCCAAGCUGCCGCAGCUACACGGAGUGAGGAUUUUCGGCAUCAACAAGUAUUAAGUUAUUGUAAAUGCUGUGCCUCAUAGCGACACAAGUUAAUUCCUGUGUAGUCCGUACAGCCGAUGUGUGUACCGAGUCUUACAGUUUGUGUAAACGUCACUAUCGUCGUUUAGAUAUAUCAGGUUUAAAAUGAAAUGUUUAAAAUAAAUAAAUAAGAGGCAGGAGUAGGUUUGUAGGUGACAGGAUGCCAUAUGCAUUACUAACAUGUGAAUAUUUAAUGAUGUAUUUUUGGCCUGCGUAGACCUGGGCUGGCCCAGGCAUCAGUGAGGCUUUUUUUUUUUUUCUUCUUUGCCCUCAAUUGAGAGAGUAUGAGUCUGUUUGUAGCCACAAAGAUGUCCCAAAUGUAUUUUUCAAAGACGUUUACUUCCUAAGGGUAGGGGCCUGUGGCUCGUUGUUUAUUGGUACACUCUCAUUUUGUAAUGGGUGUCAAACUUAUUCAUGCUGAGUGAAGAAUGGAAUCAUACUCUUUAUUUGCACGAUUUCCUGGCUAUGUGAAUCAUUUCUCGUUUGUAACUCAAUCAAAAACAGGGCAGGCUUCUUUUUUUCCUUGUACAGUUUUUUUUUUGUUUGUGAAUGUUGUGUGUUAAAGAAAAAGUCCCGUGUGUAGAAAUGAGACAGAUGAUUGUUGUCUGGUUAAGUGUUUACUGAGGGAGGUCUAGUGUCUCUGUGAUCAACUUACAUUCAUGUAGCUGCUCUCUUUAGAUUUUGACUUUUUGCUAUCAUCAAGGCAGCUAGUCCUGCUUUGUUUGGCCAUAGCUCUUGAUAUUUCUUGUUCUUAAUCUUAUUAAAAAUGUUUGUGCCCUCAAA